CUUCACAGUAGAUCUCCUCUUCUUCAACACAGUAGAUCUCCUCUUCUUCACAGUAGAUCUCCUCUUCUUCACUAGAUCUCCUCUUCUUCAACAGACAUCAUGAGUUGCCCGUCCUCUGGUCAGCAGGGCCUUUACCCUCAGAACCCUCAGCAGUCGGCUGGUACCGUAUGGCCCGGUCAACCCUGCCAACCCUGCUGGUCCUGCCAACCCAAUCAGGCGAGUUGGCCAGUUAACCAGCCCAGCGCAUCGACCCCUACGACCUGGCCGGUCCAACCCACCCAACCAGGCUGGCCAAACCCUGCAACCAUUCAACCCAAUCAACCCAAUCAACCCGGCUGGCCAAACCCUCCAACUAUUCAACCCAAUCAACCAGGCUGGCCAAACCCUGCAACCAUUCAACCCAAUCAACCAAUCCAACCAGGCUGGCCAAACCCACCAACAGUACAGCCAGCUCAACCCAGCCCACCCAUCCAACCAGCGCAACCCAAUCCGCCAAUCCAACCAGCGCAGCCAAACCCACCAAUCCAACCCAACCCUCCAGUUCAGCCGAACCCACCGGUCCAACCAACCUGGCCUGCUCAGGUACCCGUCCCGUCUCCAGUCUCCCCAGCAUGGCACGGUAACCCUGGUCAGCCCGGUUGGCCCGGUCAGAUACCCGCGGGAGGAGUCCCCCAGCCGUGGCCCCCGGCGCCAGCGACCGCUCCUGUAAUGGUUCCUUUCAACAUGAAUUUCCCCCGUGGCAUCUAUGACAAGCUAAUGCUAACUAUCAGAGGACAGAUUAAACCAGAUGCUAAAAUGUUCACCAUCAACUUCCUGCGCGGUAACGACAUCGCCCUUCACAUCAACCCUCGAUUCAACGAAGGAGGAAAAGCCAUUGUGGUCCGCAAUCACAAACUGGGGGAGCGCUGGGGCAAAGAGGAGCGGGAGCUUCUGGGGCCGUUCCCCUUCAUGCCGGGACAUCACUUUGAGAUGAAGAUCCUCUGCACCUUCACGGAGUUCAAGGUGGUCGUCAACAACACACCCACCUUUGAAUUUAAGCACCGCAUCAGAGAGGUCAACCAGAUCGACCGCAUCAACAUCCUGCAUGACGUCACGCUCACGUCCGUCAACGUGGACACGCUCCCGUGAGCGAGACGGGCAACCGAACUAACCAUGGCCGAGGGUCAAACCUACCGCUUACAGACGGACCCUCGACUAAACCAAACCUCACGACACGACUCCAGAACGCAGAAAACUUCAUAUAAUAAGGCUUUGUAUGUUAACAUGAUGAACAAUACUUCUAACGCAUUUGUUAAUCGUAGUUAAUGAUCAUUUCAACAAUCACUAAUACAUUAAAACUAAAUGUAUCGCUUAAUCUUGAAAUAGAGCCGAGCUACUGUAACUAAUGUAUUGCUUACUGUUAGAUAAUGCUACUUAUUGCAUUGCCAAUAGGACCUUAUUGUAAAGAGUAUUCUUUACCAAACAAUGGAGUAUAACUAAAAAAUACUUCACAAUAUGCUCAAUUACUGUGAUUGGAUGUAAAAGUUCCUGCUUCAAAUGAAAUCAUUAACUUGUUUCUAAUUUGCGAUAAAUGAACAGGGGAUUCUGACAAAAAUGUGUCCGCAGUAAAUAUGAAUGCCCACAAAAUCCAAGAUAUGACUGCAAAAACAGCACUUGUAUAAAAUCUUGAUUUUUAUAUUAUAACAUGAUAUAAUUAAGGAAUAUCGCAAGAGAGCCGUGUCCACCAAUAUGAGCACGGUUGCAACUGUGAUAUUGAUUUUAUUCAAUAAACAAUGUUGUUUGUA